UGGCAUGUAUGUAAGUGUGUGUCAGAUUGCAGGCAUGUCUCGCAGGAGGAAGGAUCGUCUGCGAAAGACUGUGUGUUUCUCUGUGAUCUUCAUCUUCCUCAUCCUCAUCCUUAUCCUCAUCUGCACAGUCAGGCUCCUGAAGCAGGAUGAGUGUGAGGCUGGGAUGUUCAGGAAAGCAGCUGUGGCUACAGACUCGCUAACAUGCUCCACCAUCGGCCGUGAUAUCCUGCACUCUGGAGGUUCAACUGUAGAUGCUGCUAUAGCUGCUUUAAUAUGUACAUCAGUUAUAAAUCCACAGAGUAUGGGCCUUGGUGGAGGAGUGAUAUUCACCAUCAGGGAGAAAAAUGGUACAGUGAAGAUCAUUAACGCAAGGGAAACCACGCCGAAGAACUUUAAAGCAGAUCUGCUCUCCAGGUGCUCUGACACUUCAGGUGUGCACUGGGUUGGGGUUCCUGGAGAACUGCGUGGUUAUGAGUACGCUCAUCGUCUGUACGGUCGUUUGUCCUGGAAACGUUUGUUUGAGCCGACGAUUCGUCUGGCCAGAGACGGGGUUAAGCUCUCUACCCUCCUCAGUCAAUACCUGUCUGUCUUUAAGGGGCACCAUACAGCACUGAGUUUGUUUAUGCACCCAGACGGAACGUUGUUGAAGGAGGGCGACACAGUGAAGUUUGAGAAACUCGCUAACACGCUGGAGAAGAUUGCUAAUCGUGGAGCUGAAGAGUUUUACAGUGGAGAUGUUGCUCAGGCUCUCGUCAGAGACAUUCAGGCAGCAGGUGGAACUCUCACACUGGAGGACCUGAAGUCGUUUAAGGUCACUGAAUCAGUAGCCUGGAAUGUUUCCUUAAACGAAUAUAAGAUGUUCUUUCCUCCUCCACCAGCAGGAGGCGCCAUACUCAGUUUCAUCCUCAACAUCAUGCAGGGUUAUAAAAUGAACCCUAGUUCUAUACAUGAUGACACGAGGGUGCUAGCAUACCAUCGCUACGUCGAGGCAUGUAAAUUCGCUAAUGGAGUGAAGCAGUUUAUCAAAGACCCAAAGUUCUCUUCAGAUAAGGAAGCACUUGCUUUGAUUAAGAUGGAGUUUGCUGACCGUGUCAGGGCGAUGAUCAGCAAUAAUAUUACCCAUGAUACUGAGUACUACAGCGUCACACCACAGACUGACACACAGGGAACCACACACAUCUCUGUGCUGGAUGAAUAUGGGAACGCCGUCUCUGUUACCAGCACCAUCAACAGCAUAUUUGGAUCGGGAGUUUUAUCUUCUAGCACAGGAAUCAUCCUGAACAAUGAGCUUGCUGACUUCUGUGGCAGAACGAAACGCAUUCACCCAGGAGAGCAGCCUCCCUCCUCCAUGGCUCCAGUCAUCCUCUACUCCCAGUCUAACAAGCACACUCUUGUAAUCGGAGCUUCAGGAGGCAGUAUGAUCACCACGGGCAUGGCCAUGGCGCUGAUUAAUUACCUGUGGCUGGGGAAAACUCUGAACGAGUCCAUCGCCUCACCUGUUGUAUACGUGAAUGGAAAAAACGAACUCCAGUUUGAGAAGAAAUUUGAUGAGCAUGUGAUUGAAGCUCUUCGGGCACUUGGUCACACCGACACACUAAGAGAUUAUUUCUUCAACGCAGUUAAUGCUGUAUCCAAGCACGAGGGCGAGUGUGUUAAUGCAGUUUCCGAUGACCGCAAAAUGGGUGAACCUGCAGGAUACUGAGCACCACACACACCUUAAACACCCAAUGCUAAACAGCACACACACAUUAAAAACCACAUACACUGAACACUGUUCACAUGUUCAUUAAACACCACACUCUUAACCCCACACACUGAAGAAUGCGCACACACACACACACACACACACACACAAUUAUAGACCCAAUCAGUCCCACACUUAACCUCACAAUUACAAGCAGAUGUUAAAAUAACAUUGAAUAUAAGAAUAAUCACUGAUAUUUUAUAUCUGAUUUAUCUAUACAUAGCUCUUUGACAUCUAGAAUUAAAUAGACUUUAAUAUCUUCUGAUUUAUACAUUUAUUUUUUUAUGCAAGUUAUGAUGAAUACUUUGUUUGAAAUUUCUUAACCUGACAUACUCUCACCCUGGCGUCUUUACCCUCACAUUCUCUCACCCUGGCGUCUUUACCCUCACAUUCUCUCACCCUGGCGUCUUUACCCUGACCUUCUCAACCCAAUCAUGACCUGAUUAACCCUUUCAGAACUUCCCUUAAUAACACACAGCAUUGUUUCCUGUUUUAUUUAAAAUCCAAAGUAUGUAUGUUACUGUGUAGGCUGUGUUUACAAAACUGUUGGAUUGGCCGUCAUUAAGAAUUGCGUCUCUCUAAAGGUGAUCAUUAUAGAGAAAUAAAGGACCAAAGGGCUGUGUCCUAAAUGCUCACACUGGACAGAAGCAUUCUUACUAGAAUUAAUUCUAUUGCGUAAACAUGGAUUUGUGCUCAAUCUGCUGUACACUGAUAUGCACUGCAUUAUGGGUAAUACACACUCUGCCAUCUCCAACAUCAGGAGGUCUGGUUCGAACAGAGCCUGUGUUCUCGGGUUCAGUACAGAGCUUUACAAUGACUGACGUUCUCAGAAGAACAUUAAGUAGAAUUCAACUGUAACGUGGGGAAAAAGCCAGACUUGACUUCAGAAUAUAAUAAUGUUUGUGUUUAACCUACCUCUGUUGAGCUUGCAUUUUAUUUCAUUUUUAAAUAAAAAUUUGCAAACACAGACAUUA